AUGGGUUCUCCUCUUACUUUAACUAUUGCUAAUUGUUAUAUGUUCUUCUAUGAACAGCAAAUUAUUAAACAAAUAAGCAAUAGUGGUGGAUUAUAUUUUCGAUAUAUUGAUGAUAUAUUUAUAGCAAUAAACUGGCCAGCUCGACAUUUAUUCAAACAAAUCGAUGGAUGGAAUCAUUUUGAUGAAAAUAUUAAAUUAUCAAAAAAUAUUGAUUCAACAGCUGAUUUUCUUGAUUUGCAUAUAGAAAAUCAAGAUGGUCAAUUAUUUACUACAAUUUUUCAAAAAGCAUCUUAUGAACCAUAUUAUUUGCCAUUUAAUAGCAUCCAUCCUUUACAUAUGAAAAAGAAUAUAAUUUUUACUAUGUUAUUUCGUGCCAUCAGAUACUGUUCAUCAUUUCAAACUUAUUUAAAUGAGCGUGAGAAAUUACGAAUGGCAUGA